GAGCAAUCUAUCGCCGAGCAGCGAGAUACAUGGAAACAGCUGGGAACUCAGUGCUACUAGGCAUGCUGGUUACGUCACUGGAGCUUUCCAGUGCUGGUAUAAAAAGAGCCGGAGUCCUGAGACGUAGCAAUCCAGAAACAGGAGAGAAACCAUAAUCCCUGCCUACACCUUGAGCACCUCCAACACCCAUACCUGUACCCACCUGGCCAGUCAUUAUAUGCCACCACCCACCAUGAAAGCUUGAAUCACCCACUUGUGGGUGGUAAGGACCAGGUUGACUACCACUGGUGUACAUCAAAGAUUGGCAGAAAAUGAGUGUUACCCUUGUUGUGCAAGUGACGGUUCCUGUGUAAAGGCUUCAAGUACCAAUGUUCAGAUGGCCCCUGGAAAAGAUAUCUUGUGAGAUUAUGUAGCGAUUGCAGCACAAAUUGUCAUCCGUAUGAACGUCUACCAAAGAUAAGAAAUGGAUGAAAUGGAGGAGGAGCAGCUCAAUAACUGUGAAAUUCAGUUUGGUGUUCAGGCAUCGCUGGAAGACAUUGGACACUCGUGUAACAGGUUUGUGCCUCCCAGUGAAACAAAUUGGAAAAUUGUCUCUGCUAUAAAACAAGGAGAAAUCACUGAGUUACAGAAGCAUGUGACACAUAAAUAUGCCCUUGACGAGGCUGACGAGAACGGCUGGUUUCCCCUACAUAACGCAGUCGUUCAACCGGUGCAGCAAAUCACUGAAAUAAUUCUCGAUGCAGGCUGCAAAUCUUUAUGGGAACAGAAGACCAAUGAUGGUGAAACACCACUUACUCUUGCUGCUAAAGCGGGAUUGGUUCAAAAUGUGCGUGCACUACUUGAGAAGGGCAUUUGGCCAAAUACCAAGAAUAGAAAGGGGGAAUCCCCUCUUCUUAUUGCAAUUCAGAUUGGAAGUUCUGACAUGGCAGAAAUUCUCAUUAGUUAUAAUUGCACCAUUAACCAACCAUGUGUUAAGCGAUGGUCAGCCAUUCACGAAGCAGCUAAACAGGGACGCUGUGAUCUUGUCUCUUUACUUCUGAAAAACGGAGCAAAUCUUGGCGUUAGGGAUGGGUUUGGCGUAACACCAUUGGGAGUUGCAGCUGAGUUUGGACAUUGUGAUGUGCUUGAACAACUAAUCCACAAAGGUGGGGAUAUCAGUGUCCAGGCACAUGAUGGGUCCACAGUGCUAUGUGAUGCAGCCACUGGUGGAAAUCCAGACUGUGUGGCUCUCCUUUUGGAAUAUGGUGCAAGUGGAAAUAUACCCGACAAAGAGGGAUAUCUACCCAUACACAAGGCAGCAUAUGGAGGCUAUUAUUUAGCGAUGAAGUUCCUCAUACCUGUAACUUCAAGACAUGCGAUUAAAAUAAGUGGAUUAAGUCCCAUCCACUCAGCGACAGAUGGACAAAGCUUGCAGUGCCUCCAGCUACUGAUUGAAAAUGACUUUGAUGUCAAUGAAUUGUUGGCCGAGCAUAUAUCUGAAAAUUACGAUGAUAAUAGAAAAUCUGCAUUGUUCUUUGCAGUGUCCAAUCAAGAUGUGUUGUGUACAGAGAUGCUCUUAAAAUCCGGUGCUGAUCCAAAUCAGGACCCUCUCAACUGUCUCUUGGUGGCUGUACGAUCUCAAAAUCAUGAAAUCGUGAGAUUGCUUUUAGCUCAUAAUGCAGAUGUAAACUGCUACUUCAUGUUGGUGAACAAUACUCAUUUUCCCAGUGCAAUACAAUAUGCACUGAACGACGAAAUGAUGCUGCGGAUGUUGUUAAAUAAUGGAUACCAUGUACAGAUGUGUUUUGAUUGCAUGCAUGGAGACGUUUAUGGAGACGCAUUCACGUGGCCAUCUUCAGAGGUGCUCCCAGGUUGGACAUCAUGUGUCGUAAGAGACAGUCCUUUUUGUGACUUUAUCAAUGUGUCAUGGAUGAAGCAUUUGGUGGGAAAGGUUAUUCGAAUAUUUGUGGAUUAUAUGGAUUAUGUCCCUCUGUGCUCCAAAUUCAAAUCUGCACUAGAAGUCCAGAAAGAGUGGCCUGUAAUUCAAGAGAUUAUAGGAAAUCCACGUCAACUAAAACAUUUGUGCCGUCUUAAAAUUCGAACGCUUGUUGGACUGGAGAAACUACGAAGAAAGUCAUCAAUGAGCAAAUUGCCUCUACCCCCUAUUCUUAAAUCAUAUUUAAUGUAUAAGGAAUAUGAUUUAUAUGGCGUAGGUAUGCAUUUUGAUCCAGAUUAGGUCAUGCCAUAAACAAUCUGAUUUGCUAUACGAUAUUAUCAGAUCUGGAGAUCGCC